CGCCGACACACGCACCAUGGCGCCGACAGACCAGCAGGAUGCGCCAGACGGCGACAAGGACAAGAAGAAGGGGUCGAUGGACAACGACUACUACUUCCACUUUUAUGCCUCGCUGCAAAAUCAGGCGAACAUGAUCGGGGAUGUGAGCCGUACCGCGACGUACCGCAAGGCCGUGCUCGGCAACGCCGCCGUCGCGAUCAAGGACAAGACGGUGCUGGAUCUCGGCGCGGGCUCGGGCAUCCUGUCGUACAUGUCGGCGCAGGCGGGCGCGGCGCAGGUCAUUGCGCUCGAGGCGUCCUCGAUGGCGGACAAGAUCCAGAUUAUUGUCGACCAGGCGAACCGCGGCGAAGCCAACCCCCACCUCCGGGACAAGAUCCGCAUCGUGCGCGGCAUGGUCGAGGACAAGAAGGUGCAGGCGGACGUGUUGUCCACAGGCAAGGUUGACACGAUCGUGUCUGAGCCUAUCGGCGUCAUGCUGCUCCACGAGCGCAUGGUCGAGUCGUUCUUACUCGCCCGCGACCUGUUCCUCAAGCCCGGGGGCACGAUCCUCCCCGGUAAAGGACACAUCUUCUUCUGCCCCUUUUCCGACGAGGGGCUGUACAAUGAGACGGAACAGAAGGCGCAAUUCUUCAACCAGACGCUGUUCGGCACCGACUUCUCGGCGCUGUACACCGAGGCGCGCAACGAGGCCUUCUCGCAGCCCGUGGUGGGCAUCUUCCCGCCCACGACGCUGAUGGCCGCGCCGUGCCCGCCGACAACGUUUGACUUUUAUCGGUGCGCAAUCAACGACCUGCUCGACUUUACCGUCGACAUUGACUUUGUCGCCACGCGCACGGCCAUCAUGCACGGCCUCGCGUCGUGGUUCGACCUCGACUUUGAGCCCGCCGCCAACGAGCAGCAGGCCGAGGACACGGAGGAGGACCUCGUCGAAGCCGAGGCGUGGAACUUUUCCGUCUCCAACACGGCGUGGCCGUGGCUCUCUGCCGACCCGCCCCUCAACCCCGGGCCGACACCCGAGCCGCCGCGCAAGGGACUCAAGGUGACGCUGUCGACUGGCCCGAAUGCGACACGGACGCACUGGCAACAAUCCCGCCUUCUCCUUCCCGAACCGCUCGCGGUAAACCGCGGCGAAAGAGUAGUUGGCACGAUCCGGUUCAAGGUCAACGACUCACGCUCGUACGACCUGACCCUCGACCUCCGCGUACAUCGUCCCGGAGGGCCCACGGUCGAGCCCGACCCUCUGAGGCGCAAGACAACGUACAACCUGUCGCAGCAGACGUUCAACUACUCGUACACUGGUGAAACGGCUGUCCCAGGUGUGGCAUAGUAGGUGGGGUGGGCGGCAGGCGGCUGUCUGUCGUACGCACGCUGGUGUCAUGGUGGUGUCGCCAGUGUAUAGGGGUUGUUACCUCAUCUCGGUGUCUACUUGUCACCUAACCGGCAGCAGAUAUGACGCGAGGCCAAGGCCACGGACGUUGGUCAGGCAUGGCUGGCUUGGGCAAGCAACAGGCAGCCAGCCACCAUGCCCGCCGGCGGGCGCGUACAGGCGCCGCUGUCUAGAGAAAUGCAAAGCAUGCCAUGCCGA